CAAUCAAGCACCUAAUCAAAAGUUCAAACAGCAAUAAAAUGGCUUUCCGUUACAUUUUCGUGAUCAGUGCCCUGGUUGUCCUGGCUCAAGGAUCUUAUCUGUCGUCAGUGCAUCAGGAUUCUGGGGUUGGAGUGCACCACUCUGGAGUGGUUUCAUCUGGAGCUUCUGUUCUUGGUGCUUCACGUGGCCAUUCCGCUGUUCCCCAGCCUCAACGCCCCGUCUCUGGUCAUGGAUCCCUCCCUGGUCCCGUUGGAGGAUCCCGUCGAGUGAGUGGAGCAGGAGUAGCCGGAUCUCGUCCUCAUGGCGCUGCUCUUAGUCGUCCAUCUGCUGGUGCCCAUGGUCGUCCAAUUGGAGGAGGUGCACACGCAGGUCGCCCCAUCGGAGGUGGAGCUGCCCAUGGAAAUGCUCACCAGAACCGCAAUCGCAACCAGAAACCCUAUUAG